AUGACGCAGUACGACGACAUUGGUGCCAAGUACGAGCAGGUGAAUGAGCAGUUCUACAAGCUGCUCGAGGGCCGGCUGAUGCAAAACGCCCUCGUCCCCGAGCUGCGCAAGAAGCCCAAGCAACAACUGCUCGAGUUCGCCGCCGGCAGCGGCUUCUACACGUCGCGCGUCCUCGCAUGGAGCCCGGGGGCCACCAUCACUUCCAUGGACAUUUCCCAGGCCAUGCUCGACAUCAACGCCGCCAGCAACGCAGAAGCCGUGGCCGCGGGUCGGCUGCGCCUCCUCGCCGCCGCUGACGGGGCCCGGCCGCAGUCCUACGGGCCGCCCGACGGCGGCGACUGCUUCGACGGCGCCUUUGGCGGCUGGUUCCUCAACUACGCCGACAGCCGCGCCGCGCUGCGCCGCAUGUUUGACAACAUUGCGCUCAACGUCAAGCCGGGCGGCUUCUUCGUCGGCGUCGUGCCGUACCCGACCGAGGACCUCGAGGCCCGGGGCCGCGCGUGCCGGGCCCCGCCGCUGCGCCACAUCUAUCCGUUUCUCGACUUUACGCGGCCGCUGGAGGACGGCUCGGGCUGGUGGUUCACGUGCAAUGUCGACGAGACACUCAACUUUGAGUGUGCGCAUCACCGCAAGUCGGUAUAUGACGAGGUGGCCAAGGAGGCGGGCUUUACCGACAUUGAGUGGUUGCCGGCGAAUCUGCCGCGCGAGGACUUUGUCCCGCCGGGUGUCGUGCUGCGAAAUGAGUUUUCGCCAGAGGUGUACAAGGCGUACACGGAUAUUGGGAUUCUCGCAGUAAUCAAGGUUUACAAGAAAUAG